CGGCGUGUGGUGGUGUCGUAUGACGAUGGCGUGCCACGACCUGCACGCGGCCACGGUACUGGCCCUGCUGUGCGGUCUGGCCUCCGCCGGGGGACUCUUUGCGGCCACGCUCCUGCCGCACUGGCGCCUGCAGCGGCUCUACUCCCCCAACCGCAACGACCGGAACGUCAGCGUGGCCGACGGCCUGUGGACCCGCUGCGUGCGGCUGGAGGGCCGGUCCGAGUGCGCCCUGACCGACGCCGGCUGGUACAGGACCCUCGACCAGCCGGACCUGCGGGUGCUGCAGUUUGCCCUGCCCCUGGCCCUCCUGCUGGCGUCCUCCGCCACCCUCCUCUGCCUGAUGGGCAUGUGCAAUGCCGCCUGCAGCUCCAAGAUCCCCAACGUCAACCUGGUGAAGUGCCUGGUGAACACCGCUGGCUGCCACCUGGUGUCGGGAACCCUCUACCUCCUGUCCGCCGCCCUCGCCUUCACCCCUUCCCUCUGGGUGGUCUUCCACACGGCCGAGCUGAACCGGCGCUACAGCGCCUCCUGGAGCCUGGGCGUGGCCCUCUACCUGGCGCUGGGCAGCGCGGCCGGCCUACUGCUCACCUCUGCCCUCCUCUUCCUCUGGUACUGUGCCUGCAAGUCGCUGCCCUCCCCCUUCUGGCAGCCCCUCAGCUCCUACCCCGAGAGCAUCCAGACCUUUGGCUCAGCCCCCUACUCCCGGCGCUCCAGGCUCUCCACCCUGGAGAUCGAUAUCCCCGUCGUCCCACAGCAGGUUGCCUGAUCCAGGCGGGGUGGGUGGGUGUGUGGGAGAGGGAGGGUGGAUUACUGUCACCGUCAGGCUCCAGUCCCACUCCUGUUGAUGUUCCCAGGGGAUGACCCCCCCCCCGCCCUCUCUCUAAUCCACAGCCCCACCCCCGAGAGGAAAACUAACCUCUGUAACGCUGACCUCCGCUUGCAGCGUUCUCACACGCACGGUGUUCAUACCCCUGCUGUCCUCACACGCAGCCAUAACCCCGCCGUUACCCCCCACUGUGUUCUCACCUCCCAACCACCCACCCACCCUCAUCCACAGCCACCUACGCACUCAGUAAUCUUACCUCCCUCACACACAACCCUACACCUGCACAGUAUUCUCACCUCCCUCACACACACACAACCCUACACAGUUCUCACUCCUACACCCGCACAGUAUUCUCACCUCCCUCACACACACACAACCCUACACAGUUCUCACUCCUACACCCGCACAGUAUUCUCACCUCCCUCACACACACACAACCCUACACAGUUCUCACUCCUACACCCGCA